AUGAUGAAGUGGAAUGAGAUAGAUGAGACCGUGAUUGCUAUGGUGAAGAAGCUCAGGGCAUAUGCAGAUACUGUGCAUAGCCCAACACAUGCAAGAAUUGCAGCUGUGGUAACAAUGACUCCACCGCUGAGUGCUUCUGUGCUGGACAUCCUGGAGCUCCAGUACGAGCUGGAGUCCAAGGCAAUGAAGUGGUAUACCACUACUGACAUUGCUAAUGUGUUUUCCUCCAUUCCUCUGGCAGCAGAGUACAGGCCUCAGUACACCUGGAACCAAUUACCUCAGGGGUGGAAGCACAGUUCUACCAUCUGCCAUGGACUGAUCCAGGCUGCAUUGGAGAAGGGACUCCGAAGGUGGCUGGGGCGGCUCACGUCCCGAUCCACUCCACGCCGGCACCGAGGGAUUCUCGGGGAGUCAUCGGUUCGUGCCCGACCCCUGCGCCUGUCGGACGACUGUGAGGAGGAUGGAAGAGUUAAAGUAGAAGUCCCUGAGGAAGAAAUAGCCAAAUUAUUUGUGAUUAAAGAAGUAGAACCCACCCCUAUCCCUGAGGAGGUGGAACAGGCUGUGGUACCAUGGGUAUGGGAGACAGGAGUUCCGGGGAAGUCCAAAGCUGCUCAACCAGUAAUAGUGGAAUUAAAAGAAGGGGCACAACCUGUAAAUAUAAAACAGUAUCCUAUUAAACUUGAAGCCAAAGAAGGGGUCGCUCCUCUCAUAGCCCAAUUUCUAACACAAGGAAUACUGGAAGAAUGUGAAUCAGAAUACAAUACCCCUAUUUUCCCCGUAAAGAAGCCUAACGGUAAGUAUAGAUUGGUACAGGAUUUACGGGCAAUUAAUAACAUUGUUAAGGACAUUCACCCAGUGGUUGCAAAUCCAUAUACUCUGUUAACAUCUGUGUCUGAAAAAUUUAAAUGGUUUACUGUAAUUGAUUUGAAGGAUGCAUUCUUCUGCAUUCCCUUGGCAUUGCAAAGUAGGAAAUAUUUUGCCUUCGAAUGGGAAAGCCCAGACACCGGUCGUAAGAAGCAACUCACCUGGACGAGAAUUCCCCAAGGAUUUAAAAACAGUCCCUCGAUAUUUGGGAAUCAGUUGGCAAAAGAAUUGGAAGGAUGGCAGAUGACUGAGGUAAGAGACUCACCGUCCUCAUACGUGAUUUUGCAGUAUGUCAAUGAUAUUUUUCUAGCCACUGAAGAGAAAGAAUUGUGUUUGAAACUUACAAUAGCAUUGUUGAACAUGCUGGGCCAGGCUGGAUAUCGAGUAUCAAAGGAAAAAGCACAGCUAGUAAAGGAAAGUGUGAUUUACCUGGGUUGUGAAAUCAUUCAGGGUCAGAGACGGUUGGGAAUCAACCGAGUGGAGGCCAUUUGCGCCAUCCCGCUCCCGAGGAGUCAUCAAGAAUUAAGAUCUUUCUUGGGGAUGGUAGGAUGGUGUCGAUUGUGGAUUCCGAAUUUCGGGUUACUAGCAAAACCAUUGUAUGAGGCCCUGAAGGAACCACAGCUGAACUGGGACAGGUUAAGGAAGAAUGCCUUUCAGAAUUUAAAGCGAGCCCUGAAGGAGGCCCCGGCUUUAGGGCUCCCGGAUCUAAGCAAGGACUUUCAGUUGUACGUGAAUGAGAGACAAAAAUUGGCUCUGGGAGUGUUAACUCAACGGAUCGGGUCAUGGAAACGCCCGGUGGGAUACUUCUCGAAGCAGCUGGACACAGUUAGUGCUGGUUGGCCGUCGUGCUUGCGGGUGGUUGCGGCCACGGUGAUCCUCAUUCAAGAAGCCAGAAAAUUGACAAUGGGCAAGAAAAUGGAGGUAUUUGUGCCCCAUAUGGUACUGGCUGUUUUGGAACAAAAGGGGGGUCACUGGUUAUCAUCUAGCCGAAUGCUGCAGUACCAAGCAAUAUUGAGAGAGCAGGAUGAUGUAGAAUUGAAAAUAACUAAUCAUAUAAAUCCAGCAGAAUUUCUCCGCAGUGAACAGGAGGAAGGGGAAUUGGCGCAUGAUUGUGUGGAGGUUAUCGAGCAGGUAUACGCAAGUCGGAUGGAUCUUAAGGACACACCAAUGGAAGAUCCAGAUUGGGAACUGUUUACGGAUGGAUCAAGCUAUGUGGAAAAUGGUACCAGGUAUGCAGGGUAUGCCGUGGUGACUGUUCAUACGGUGGUAGAGGCAAAAGCUUUACCUCCUGGCACCUCAGCCCAGAAGGCAGAGAUAAUUGGGCUUACACGAGCCCUUAUUCUGAGUACUGGAACGAAAGUUAACAUUUGGACCGAUUCUAAAUAUGCCUUCGGGACCAAGCAGGUGAAGCCCCUAUUGUAUGGUGGGUGGUGGUCUAAGUAUGGGGAAGCCUGGCAGAUUGAUUACAUCACACUGCCUCGAACUCGCCAAGGCAAGCGCUAUGUGCUCACAAUGGUAGAAGCCAGCACAGGAUGGUUGGAGACCUCCCCUGUGCCUUACACUACUGCCUGGAACACCAUCCUGGGCCUUGAAAACUGCUGGUAA